UUUCAAUUUUCUUUCUCUUAAAAUUAUGUCUGAUCGGCCGAGAAGCUGCUUCGGUGUUUUUCCUUCUGAUUUUGGACUGACGCGUUUGUCCUCCGGAGCUGCUCUGUUCUCCUCAGCUAUCCCUUUUCUUCUUCUUCUUCUGCUGAAAUUGAGCAUCUCCGAAUGCCCACCACGAAGAGUAGUCUCAGUCUCAAGAAGCUUUCUUCAAUCCGAAACCUAUGUAAGUUCCCAUACUUCUGUUGGUUUUUUUCUUUCCGCAGCAAAACGACUCUAAGCCCAUAUGAAAGCGACGCUCCAAUUCCUGAUCAGAUCUUCAAAUCGGCUUCCCAAAUGGGUUCUUACAAAUCAGGCGAUUCCACUUUCUAUUCUCUCAUUGAAAACUAUGCCAAUUCCGGCGACUUUGGGACUUUGUUUCAGGUUUUCGAUCGAAUGAAGCGCGAGCGCAGGGUGUUUAUUGAAAAGAACUUCAUUUUAGUGUUUAGGGCUUAUGGGAAAGCCCACUUACCUGAGAAAGCCAUCGAGUUGUUUGGUAGAAUGGUGGAUGAGUUUCAAUGUAGGCGAACUGUUCGAUCAUUUAAUUCGGUUCUUAAUGUUAUAAUACAAGAGGGUCUUUUUCACCGAGCUUUGGAGUUUUAUGAAUGUGGGGUUGGUGGGAAGACGAAUAUUUCCCCCAAUGUGCUUAGUUUUAAUUUGGUUAUUAAAGCUAUGUGUAAAUUAGGAUUGGUUGAUAGAGCCAUUGAAGUGUUCAGAGAAAUGGCCAUUCAGAAAUGUGAACCCGAUGUGUUCACUUACUGUACUUUGAUGGAUGGGUUGUGUAAGGAGGAUAGGAUUGAUGAGGCGGUUUUGCUGCUGGAUGAGAUGCAAAUCGAAGGUUGCUUCCCAAGCUCAGUGACAUUUAAUGUGUUGAUUAAUGGGUUGUGCAAGAAGGGGGACAUGGUCCGUGUGACAAAGCUUGUGGAUAAUAUGUUCCUCAAAGGGUGUGUUCCAAAUGAAGUGACUUACAAUACGAUUAUCAAUGGCUUGUGUCUCAAGGGGAAGUUGGACAAGGCGGUUAGUCUUUUGGAUCGAAUGGUCGCAAGUAAAUGUGUGCCUAAUGAUGUUACCUAUGGAACACUCAUCAAUGGACUCGUUAAGCAAGGAAGAUCUGUUGAUGGAGUCCAUUUAUUGAGUUCUUUGGAGGAAAGAGGGCAUCAUGCGAAUGAAUAUGCAUAUUCAACCCUUAUUAGUGGGUUGUUUAAGGAGGAAAAGUCCGAAGAGGCUAUGGGAUUGUGGAAGAAGAUGGUGGAAAAAGGAUGCCAACCCAAUAUUGUUGUUUAUAGUGCUCUAAUAGAUGGUUUGUGUAGAGAAGGAAAAUUAGAUGAAGCCAAGGAAAUUCUUUGUGAGAUGGUGAAUAAGGGUUGUACACCCAAUGCUUUCACCUAUAGUUCCUUGAUAAAGGGUUUCUUUAAGACAGGUAAUAGCCAAAAAGCAAUUCGUGUGUGGAAAGAGAUGGCCAAGAAUAAUUGUGUGCCUAAUGAGAUUUGUUAUAGUGUACUCAUCCAUGGCCUAUGUGAGGAUGGGAAGCUGAGGGAGGCUAUGAUGAUGUGGACACACAUGUUGGGCCGUGGACUUAGACCUGAUGUUGUGGCUUACAGUUCAAUGAUUCAUGGCCUAUGUAAUGCUGGUUCAGUAGAAGUGGGUUUAAAGCUUUUCAAUGAGAUGCUCUGUCAGGAGUCUGAUUCUCAGCCAGAUGUAGUCACUUAUAACAUACUUCUCAGAGCUUUGUGUAAGCAGAAUAGCAUCUCUCAUGCCAUUGAUCUUCUAAACAGUAUGUUGGAUCGAGGUUGCAAUCCUGACUUAAUUACGUGUAAUAUUUUCUUGAACGCUUUGAGAGAGAAGCUGAACCCACCUCAAGAUGGGAGAGAAUUCCUAGAUGAGCUUGUGGUCCGGCUACAUAAGCGGCAGAGAAUUGUAGGUGCUGCCAAAAUUAUAGAAGUGAUGCUGCAAAAGUUUCUUCCUCCAAACGCCUCCACUUGGGAAAGGAUUAUUCCGGAACUUUGCAAACCUAAGAAGGUUCAAGCAAUCAUUGAUAAGUGUUGGAGCAGCCUAUUUUUCUAAUUUCAUGAGCCAGACUUUCAGUUGUGAAAGACAGAUGUUUUACUGCACAUACACACUAUGGUUUGGUGAGAUGGUGUCCAUUCUUAGGAAAAAAAUGAAGAAAAUAAUCAGAUGAGAUGAUGAAGCACUUGUCAGUAAGCACAACAAUGGGAAUUAGGGUAUGCAAUUUGUGUUGUCACUACCAUCAUAUUGAAGGGAUGACAGAAUUAUAACAUUUCAAUACAGGUAAGAAGCAUUUUCACCGCCCUAUAUAUUUUAUCUGUGAAUAAGUCAAUUUUAGGCAUUCUAGAGAAAUGAAUGAUGCAUCAUUUUGUAAGAGGUUGUUUACAUGGCACCCGUAAAUGAAACAAUUUCAUGUUUUUUCCUGAAUAAUCACCCUGUACACGAGACACAUUCCAAUUGCUAUAUAAAAUGAAAUGUUAAUGAUUUCAUUUACAUUUAAUUUUUAAAUGUCCCCUAAAAACUUAUAUUGAUAUAAUGUAUAUGAUAUGAUUAUGGAAUGUGUAACAUAAAAUAUUUCUUAGGCAAUGAUGCAUAUCAUUAAUAAGUAUCUCUGUGUCUUACAGUACAUAUAAGAUACACAACUGUAAAAAAUUGAUACACAAUAUUAAACAUAAACACGUUUGACUAUUUUCAGUAGUUUUCACUAAAAAUCAAGUUUGAAAAUUAUUUUCUUAGAAAUGCUUAUUAUAUUAAUUCUUUAGAGUUUGUGAGAAGGAGUUGAAGAGAGGGAAUAAUUCUACUUGGUUAUCCAAGAUGGUAAGAGGGAGGGGAGUCUAAGUUUGCAUCUGAUCUUACAUGAAAAUGCUACACUUGUGUUGGUAAAGACACAUAGAAAAUUGAAGUUUAUUUGUAAUUGUUAUUCUUUUGAAUAUUAGAGAGAUGUUAUUUGAGUAAUUUGAAUGUUAACCUUGAGGAGAGUCAGAGACAAUGAAUGUGUGCUUUGGCUUAAUAUGUUUUUCUUAUACUUUUUAUAUUUUGAAUGUUGCUUUUCCUUCAGGGAACAAAAUGAUAUGAAUUUAGAUAGUUAUAACUUUGAAAAUGACAUAUAAACACACAUAGACACACAGAUAUCAACAGUCUAACAAUUAUAUAUUUAUACUUGUAUAUGAUCACACUUUCCUUUUUGGUGUAUUUGCUUAGGAACUUAUAGGCACUUGAAACUUCUGAUAUAAUAACAUUUAUUAGCAGCAGAUUAUCUCGAAAUAAGAAUUGUCGUUAAAAAUUCAAAAAAUUUAUUUUGUGGAUUUUAUGUUGAAUAUGUUUAUUAAAAUGUCAUAUUUUGUUAAAUUGAUUUCAAUGAGACACUAGCAUUCAAUGUGUUUACAUUUUUUAUCUUGACCAAUAUUUACCUCUUGUAUGCUUACUAUCUUCUAUGAAUUGGUUAUGUAAUUUUUUUUUUUUUGAUAGGCAAAAUUUUGUCCCCAUUGGGACUUGAACUUGGAACCUUCCACAAACCCUCCCCAUCCCUUUACCACUUGAGCUAGGCCUCAAGGGUUUUCAUUAAUUGGUUAUGUAUUGCUUUAUACUUAUUCUUGCAAUGCAUAUGUGGUCACAUAGUAUACACAAUUUUUUUAAUAUUUAUUUUUAAUUAUGUAAAGGAAGGAAAAUAUUAAUACAUAAUAUGAAAUGAUACUCACAAGGAAAAAAAGUGCGACAAUGCCUCUUAAUGUUCUGGAAUUGUGUUUCUCAUCAACUAAGAGUGUCAUCAUUGUUGUCCUUGUUUCUCAAUUCUUUUGAGGUCAGCAUGCUAUCUCAUGAGAAAAGGUAAGUUUGCUAUCUUCCUAUCUGAAAUACUGGAGGGAGUCCAAAGGGCUAUGAGAUUUGGGAAGAAUGGUUGAUUAUUUGAAAGAAGCCAAACCAAGUUUGUUGGGUUUCAGGCUUUACUGAUUUGAGUUGAGUAGAUUGAUUAUGUCAGUGAAAUUUCUACCGCACAUGUCUAUAAAGCACAUAUUUUAUUGAGGGGCUACACAACUACUGAUGCACAAGUCUAAAUUGUAGAUAGGUAGUUUAGUUUUGCUGGUUUCAUUGGUGGGGAAUUGGGUGCUUUUUUUUUUGGGUACCUCUUGUAUAUCUCAUAUGUAAAUAAGGCACACCCCCUUUUUGUUAUGGGCUUUAUAUCAUAGUUUUUUGUUUGCCAAUGAAAAAAAUUUAUAUAUUGAUGUACAGCCUGGUAGGAGUGGUUGUCAUUGAGAACAUGAAUCUUUUCCAUUCUUGAGAGCUCUAUUUUGCACCACAUCCCAAUCACAAUGGUAAUCUUUUGGAAGCCAACCUAUGAAAUCUUCAAUGAAGAUUUUUUUUUUUUUUUGACUGAGAAAAUGACUUCACUCGUGUUUUUAUGUCUUUCAUGCCAAAGUGAACCAGUUUCCUGAUCAAUUGUUCUAUUUCACUGUCCAAAACCCCUAUAUAGCUAAGAAUUCCCAAGAGUGGAAUCAACUAUCAAUAAUGAGGCCUCAAUAUUAUCAUUAUGUGAAUCCAGAUUAGAAGGAAUUUAAAUCUUAGAACCAGCUCCUUCCAGGCUGGGGUUCCCAAAAAACAAGUUCCUAUGGGAAUAAAUAUGUUUUCUUGUAUUGUAUUAGAAACAAAUAUUGUCAAGAUAUUAAUUUGAAAAACUUAACUACUCUUUUUUAUAGGAAAGCUGCAAAUGUAUUGAUUAGAGGGAAGAUGUGAAUAACAAAAGCAUAUAAGAAAAGGGCAGAUUUGGAGUCCUGCCCUCAGAAGAAGGAAAACAGAAAGAGCAAAAUUAUAAACAAUCUUAAUCCCCAAAAGCUUGAUAAGGGAACACAUAAUUCCCAACAAAAAACGUCAUUAGACUGAGCUCCCUUUUUGGCUAAACUUGUCACCAAAUUCAUUAGUUGAUGUAGGCUUCUGGUUAUAGAAAACCACCAUAUUCCUUAUUAAUCCUUAAUUUUGUUGAUCUAUUAACUAAAAUGCCAAGAACUUCUCCAAUCAGAUAAGACCCAAAGCAUGAGGAUAAAAGAAUCUUCCUUUACAAUAAAAUGCAGAAAAUUUCCAUGAUCUCACACACCCUCAAAAAGAGGCUGAAAUGUUAAAUUUCAGUCUAUUAUCAUUCUCAUGUCAUUAUUAUCUGCCAGUUGUAAUAUCCUUCUAAGAUGCACAGAUUCUCACUUCCAAUAUUCAUAGGAUUGAUCCCUCUUUCCAUUACAUUGUAACAAAUAGAUGAGUUUUUCCAGUUACUACUGUUACAGUUGGAAUAACUUCAUUACUCCAGAUCACUAAUUUGAGGAGCUUGUCGUGUACUAGUUUGAAACAGAUGCAGAAAGAAUUCUGAAGAAGGAUUCUUUAACAGUGGAAGAUGAGGGAAUUCAAAGAUUCAAGGCCCUGUUUUUCCCAUGUCUCCAUCAUUAAACUUCAAGGAUUCUGGCUUUUGUUGUUGAUGGGCCACAUCAUAAGUUGCAUGGAGACCAAAGAAAACAUAGUAAACCAGCAUUAAAACGGUGCAGACACCGAAUCUUAUGAAAGCCUUAGACUCCAGAGAUCCCAUGAGAAAGAGAUUUGUUGCAAUCGACAAGGAUGGAAGCCAUGGAACAAGUGGAACCCCCCAAACCUUUGGCGUCCUCUGCUGGGGCAGAAACACUGAGAUCCCUGCAGUCCCCAGGACCCAGAGAGGAAUGGUGAUUGCAUAACCAACCCAACCAUUGGGAUUCAAUCCCCAGUAAGCUGAAGUCCCCAUGGAGGAAGCAACAAUUAUCAGCAAGAAAAUUACUAGCUUCAAGAGGUUGAUACGUGGAGUAACCCCUGUCACAUAGUAUCUCCUCACAAGAAGUGCUACUGCCAUCAUCAUGAAGACGAAGAGUGUGCUCACAGAUAACAAGCUUGCCAAGACAUCCAAGCUUGAAAAGAAAGCGAUGAGGGCACUUGAAAUGACAAUCAAGAGUGUAGCAUUUAUAGGGGUUCCUGUUUUUGGGUGCACCAGAGCAAACCAUGGAGGGAUCAUGUGGGCUCGUGCGAUAUGAGUAACAUAUCGUGCCUGUCCAAGUGCCCCAACCAGAAGAACAGUGGUCAUCCCCUUCAGGGCACCCAGAGCUACCAGGUACUUGGCCCACUUCAUACCCACACUUUGAAAUGCAAGAGAGUAAGCUGCUUGUCUGUCAAUGUCCCUGUAGUCCUGCAUCAUACUGAGCGCAAGCGCCAUUAAGCAAUAUAUGACAGUGAUGAUUGACAUUGAUCCGAGCAAUCCUAAUGGUAUAUCUCUUGAUGGGUUUUUUGUUUCUUCAGCCAUGGUGGCGAUAUUGUCAAAUCCUCCAUAAGCAAAGUAUACAAUUGCAGCUGCUUGGAAGAUCCCUUUAGCCCCGUAAGGCAAAAAGGGUGUCAAAUUUGAAGGGUCAGCAUUAGCAAACCCUGCAAUGAUAACAAACAAAAUCACUACAGUAUUUAUAGCAGAUGCGAUCCAAUUGAAGACUGAAGUCUUCCUGGUGCUGAUCAUAGCAAGCGUUGCAGCAAUAGCCAGAACUGCAACAGCAAUUGGGUCCAGCAGGUUGUAUCCCUUUGUGAGAUUUGUGUGGAUUCUCAAUGAGUUGGUGGGACGGUUCAGAAGGGUUGUGAAGUAAGAAGUCCAAGCCCUGGCAACUCCUGCACUUCCAACAAUACUUUCAAGAAGUAUAUUACCAGCUGUUAUGAAUGCUGCAAAGUCUCCCAAUUCUAUUCUCAGGUACGCGAAUGAGCCACCAGCUACUGGGAUUUCUACUGCAAAUUCCGUGUAGCAGAAAACAGAGAGCAGUGCUGAAACACCUGAAGCCACAUAGGACAGGACUAUGGCUGGUCCAGCAUGGUCAUGAGCUUCUUGGCCAGUAAGCACAAAGAUACCAGCUCCAAUGACUGAGCCAAACCCGAACCAGGUAAGAUCCCACCACGUUAGGCAACGUUUCAUGUCAUUCUCACUUUGUUUACGCAUCUCCCCAAUCUCAAUGGCAUCUUCAGAUCUGCUUGUGAGGCGGUCCUUGAACCGAAAACAUGUUUGGGAAAGCGCUGAGCGGUAGCUGGCCCAGUUUUUGAAUGACUCCUCUGGUAAGAAAUCUUGUUUGCUCCAUCUCCAAUAGCCUCUUGGUUGGAUCUCAUCACCCACUUCUCCCAUUGAACCCAUCACUGCUUCUCUAAUGGGUAAUGAAGACAAGUGAUGAAU